CGGUGGUCGGAGCAGACGGGAGUUUCUCCUCGGGGUCGGAGCAGGAGGCACGCAGAGUGUGAGGCCACGCAUGAGCGGACGCUAACCCCCACCCCAGCCGCAAAGAGUCUACAUGUCUAGGGUCUAGACAUGUUCAGCUUUGUGGACCUCCGGCUCCUGCUCCUCUUAGCGGCCACCGCCCUCCUGACGCACGGCCAAGAGGAGGGCCAAGAAGAAGGCCAAGAAGAAGACAUCCCACCAGUCACCUGCGUACAGAACGGCCUCAGGUACCAUGACCGAGACGUGUGGAAACCCGUGCCCUGCCAGAUCUGUGUCUGCGACAACGGCAACGUGUUGUGCGAUGACGUGAUCUGCGACGAAAUCAAGAACUGUCCCAACGCCAAAGUCCCCGCGGGCGAGUGCUGCCCCGUCUGCCCCGAAGGCGAGGCGUCACCCACGGACCAAGAAACCACUGGAGUCGAGGGACCCAAAGGAGACACUGGCCCCCGAGGCCCAAGGGGACCCGCUGGCCCCCCUGGCCGAGAUGGCAUUCCUGGACAACCUGGACUUCCCGGACCCCCCGGACCCCCAGGACCUCCCGGACCCCCUGGCCUCGGAGGAAACUUUGCUCCCCAGAUGUCUUACGGCUAUGAUGAGAAAUCAACAGGAAUCUCUGUGCCUGGCCCCAUGGGUCCUUCUGGUCCUCGUGGUCUCCCUGGCCCCCCUGGCGCACCUGGUCCCCAAGGUUUCCAAGGCCCCCCUGGUGAGCCUGGCGAGCCUGGAGCCUCAGGUCCCAUGGGUCCCCGUGGUCCCCCUGGCCCCCCUGGCAAGAACGGAGAUGAUGGUGAAGCUGGAAAGCCUGGUCGUCCUGGUGAGCGCGGGCCUCCUGGACCUCAGGGUGCUCGGGGAUUGCCCGGAACGGCUGGCCUCCCUGGAAUGAAGGGACACAGAGGUUUCAGUGGUUUGGAUGGUGCCAAGGGAGAUGCUGGUCCUGCUGGUCCCAAGGGUGAGCCUGGUAGCCCUGGUGAAAAUGGAGCUCCUGGUCAGAUGGGCCCCCGUGGUCUGCCUGGUGAGAGAGGUCGCCCUGGAGCCUCUGGCCCUGCUGGUGCUCGUGGAAACGAUGGUGCUACUGGUGCUGCUGGACCCCCUGGUCCCACUGGCCCCGCUGGUCCUCCUGGUUUCCCUGGUGCUGUUGGUGCUAAGGGUGAAGCUGGUCCCCAAGGAUCCCGAGGCUCUGAAGGUCCCCAGGGUGUGCGUGGUGAGCCCGGCCCCCCUGGCCCUGCUGGUGCUACUGGCCCUGCUGGAAACCCUGGUACUGAUGGACAGCCUGGUGCUAAAGGUGCCAAUGGCGCUCCUGGUAUUGCUGGUGCUCCUGGCUUCCCCGGUGCCCGAGGCCCCUCUGGACCCCAGGGUCCCAGUGGCCCCCCUGGUCCCAAGGGUAACAGCGUAAGUACUACUCUCUCUCUUCUGCCCCACCCCAUGAGCUGGCUCAUGUGGCCCUUGUCUGGGAAGCAUGAAGAUCCAGGCCAGCUGAGCAUCCCCACUCUCCACCCAUCUUCUUCUCCUCCCACUCAGGGUGAACCUGGUGCCCCUGGCAACAAAGGAGACACUGGCGCCAAGGGAGAGCCCGGCCCCACUGGUAUUCAAGGCCCCCCUGGCCCUGCUGGGGAAGAAGGAAAGCGAGGAACCCGAGGUGAACCCGGACCUGCUGGCCUGCCUGGACCCCCUGGCGAGCGUGGUGGACCUGGUAGCCGCGGUUUCCCUGGCGCAGAUGGUGUUUCUGGUCCCAAGGGUCCCGCUGGUGAGCGUGGUGCUCCUGGCCCUGCUGGCCCCAAAGGUUCUCCUGGUGAAGCUGGUCGCCCCGGUGAAGCUGGUCUGCCUGGUGCCAAGGGUCUGACUGGAAGCCCUGGCAGCCCUGGUCCUGAUGGCAAAACUGGCCCCCCUGGUCCUGCUGGUCAAGAUGGCCGCCCCGGACCCCCAGGCCCUCCUGGUAGCCGUGGUCAGGCCGGUGUGAUGGGUUUCCCUGGGCCUAAAGGUGCUGCUGGAGAGCCCGGCAAGGCUGGAGAACGAGGCGUUCCUGGACCCCCCGGCGCUGCUGGUGCUGCUGGCAAAGACGGAGAAACUGGAGCUCAGGGACCUCCUGGACCUGCUGGCCCUGCUGGUGAGAGAGGUGAACAAGGCCCUGCUGGCUCCCCCGGAUUCCAGGGUCUCCCUGGCCCUGCUGGUCCUCCUGGUGAAGCAGGCAAACCCGGUGAACAGGGUGCUCCUGGAGACAUUGGUGCCCCCGGCCCCUCUGGAGCAAGAGGCGAGAGAGGUUUCCCCGGCGAGCGUGGUGUGCAAGGGCCCUCCGGUCCUGCAGGUCCCCGUGGGUCCAACGGUGCCCCUGGCAAUGAUGGUGCUAAGGGUGAUGCUGGUGCCCCUGGAGCCCCUGGUAACCAGGGCGCCCCUGGCCUUCAAGGAAUGCCUGGUGAACGAGGUGCAGCAGGUCUCCCAGGCCCUAAGGGUGACAGAGGCGAUGUUGGUCCCAAAGGUGCUGAUGGUGCUCCUGGCAAAGAUGGCGUCCGUGGUCUGACUGGUCCCAUUGGUCCUCCUGGCCCCGCUGGUGCCCCUGGUGACAAGGGUGAAACUGGUCCUAGCGGCCCUGCUGGUCCCACUGGAGCUCGUGGUGCCCCCGGAGACCGUGGUGAGCCUGGUCCCCCCGGCCCUGCUGGCUUCGCUGGCCCCCCUGGUGCUGAUGGCCAACCUGGUGCUAAAGGCGAACCUGGUGAUGCUGGUGCUAAAGGCGAUGCUGGUCUCCCCGGCGCUGCUGGACCCACUGGACCUCCUGGCCCCAUUGGUAACGUUGGUGCUCCUGGACCCAAAGGUGCUCGUGGCAGUGCUGGUCCCCCUGGUGCUACUGGUUUCCCUGGUGCUGCUGGCCGAGUCGGUCCCCCUGGGCCCUCUGGAAAUGCUGGACCCCCUGGACCUUCUGGCCCUGCUGGCAAAGAAGGCAGCAAAGGCGCCCGUGGUGAGACUGGCCCCGCUGGGCGUGCUGGUGAAGUCGGUCCUCCCGGUCCCCCUGGCCCCGCUGGUGAGAAAGGAGCCCCUGGUGCUGAUGGACCUGCUGGCGCUCCCGGCUCUCCCGGACCUCAGGGUAUUGCUGGACAGCGUGGUGUGGUCGGCCUGCCCGGUCAGCGAGGAGAAAGAGGCUUCCCUGGUCUUCCUGGUCCCUCUGGUGAACCCGGAAAACAAGGUCCUUCUGGAGUAAGUGGUGAACGUGGCCCCCCUGGUCCCAUGGGCCCCCCUGGAUUGGCUGGACCCCCUGGCGAGUCUGGACGUGAGGGGGCGCCUGGUGCUGAAGGAUCCCCUGGACGAGAUGGUUCUCCGGGCCCCAAGGGUGACCGUGGUGAGACCGGCCCUGCUGGACCCCCUGGUGCUCCUGGUGCUCCUGGUGCCCCCGGCCCCGUCGGCCCUGCUGGCAAGAGCGGCGAUCGUGGUGAGACUGGUCCCGCUGGUCCUGCUGGUCCCAUUGGCCCCGUUGGUGCCCGCGGCCCCACUGGACCCCAAGGCCCCCGUGGUGACAAGGGUGAGACAGGCGAACAGGGCGACAGAGGCAUUAAGGGUCACCGUGGCUUCUCUGGUCUCCAGGGUCCCCCUGGCCCUCCCGGCUCUCCUGGUGAGCAAGGUCCCUCCGGAGCUUCUGGUCCUGCUGGUCCCCGAGGUCCCCCUGGCUCUGCUGGUACUCCUGGCAAAGAUGGACUCAACGGUCUCCCAGGCCCCAUCGGUCCCCCUGGUCCUCGUGGUCGCACUGGUGAUGCUGGUCCUGCUGGUCCCCCCGGCCCUCCUGGACCCCCUGGUCCCCCUGGUCCUCCCAGCGGUGGUUACGACUUCAGCUUCAUGCCCCAGCCACCUCAAGAGAAGGCUCAGGAUGGUGGCCGCUACUACCGGGCCGAUGACGCCAAUGUGGUCCGUGACCGUGACCUCGAGGUGGACACCACUCUCAAGAGCCUGAGCCAGCAGAUCGAGAACAUCCGGAGCCCUGAAGGCAGCCGCAAGAACCCUGCCCGCACCUGCCGUGACCUCAAGAUGUGCCACUCCGACUGGAAGAGCGGAGAAUACUGGAUCGACCCCAACCAAGGCUGCAACCUGGAUGCCAUUAAGGUCUUCUGCAACAUGGAGACAGGUGAGACCUGCGUGUAUCCCACUCAGCCCAGCGUGGCCCAGAAGAACUGGUACAUCAGCAAGAACCCCAAGGACAAGAGGCACGUCUGGUACGGCGAGAGCAUGACCGGCGGAUUCCAGUUCGAGUACGGCGGCCAGGGCUCCGAUCCUGCUGAUGUGGCCAUCCAGCUGACUUUCCUGCGCCUGAUGUCCACCGAGGCCUCCCAGAACAUCACCUACCACUGCAAGAACAGCGUGGCCUACAUGGACCAGCAGACUGGCAACCUCAAGAAGGCCCUGCUCCUCCAGGGCUCCAACGAGAUUGAGAUCCGGGCCGAGGGCAACAGCCGCUUCACCUACAGCGUCACCUACGACGGCUGCACGAGUCACACCGGAGCCUGGGGCAAGACAGUGAUCGAAUACAAAACCACCAAGACCUCCCGCUUGCCCAUCAUCGAUGUGGCCCCCUUGGACGUUGGCGCCCCAGACCAGGAAUUCGGCAUCGACGUUGGCCCUGUCUGCUUCCUGUAAACUCCCUCCACCCCAACCUGGCUCCCUCCCACCCAACCCACUCGCCCCUGACUCUGGAAACAGACAAAGAACCCAAACUGAACCCCCCAAAAAGGCAAAAAAAUGGGAGACAAUUUCACAUGGACUUUGGAAAAUAUUUUUUUUCCUUUGCAUUCAUCUCUCAAACUUAGUUUUUAUCUUUGACCAACUGAAUAUGACCAAAAACCAAAACUGCAUUCAACCUUACCAAAAAAAAAAAAAAAGAAUAAAUAAAUAACUUUUUAAAAAAGGAAGCUUGGUCCACUUGCUUGAAGACCCAC